AUGGAUCAGUCACUUGCUCAUCUCGCUGAGCGCACAGCUAAGAUGAUGGUCGCUUAUCUGCUUCUCUCCGGCAUCUGGACCCUUGCAUCAGGCUCCGUGCAGGUGUUGGACAGAAAGGUCCAGUCAGUCCAGGCAGGAGGAAAUGUCACUUUUUCGUGCCGGUCGGUCACGAGAGAAGAUGUGCUACAGGUGACCUGGCAGAAGGAGGUGGACGGGGCCGAAGACAAUAUAGCAACUUACAGUACAAUGAAUGGCCAAAAGAUCGCAAAGGGCUACAUUGGCCAUGUGAGCUUUGCCCGCAGUGAGUUACAAGCCUCAGCCAUCUCCCUGCAUGGAGUCACCCUCCAAGACGAAGGAUGCUACAAGUGCAUCUUUAACACAUUCCCCUCGGGAGCUGUCACUGGCAGGAUGUGUCUCAAUGUUUACGCCAUCUCAAACCCCAAAGUGGAGGCGAAGCUUAUACCCAGUCCAGACAAAGCCAAGGACUCUCAGAAUGUGGUGAGGAUGAGCUGCUCAGCAACAGGGAAGCCAGCCCCAAAAAUCACCUGGCACCUUCCCAGCAUCCUGCAGCAGAAACCAAGGGAGUACCACAUCAGGCUCGGCAAUCAGAGCGUGACUGUCAUCAGCAACUUCACGCACGCCCACGCCAAAAUCCUCCAGGAGUACCCUAUUGCCUGCAUGAUCCAGCAUCCCUCUCUAAACGGGACCCUGGUCCUUCCCAUGGACAGCCUGGCACAGGGUCCGGACAGCAACACGGCACCGGCCAUUGCCAUUGUGAUGGGGGUGCUGGUCCCCCUGAUUUCCCUCCUUCUUCUCGCCUGCCUCCUCUACCACUGCCUCAGGCACCUACGUGACCCGGAGAGAAACCCAGCCCAGCCAUGCUGGGUCCUUCCUGUCUGUACCAAGGCCGAGAAAUGCAGGCAAUACGGAGCCGUGGGUAUUGGAAGAGCAACUGACAUAGUUUACCUGGCCUUGUGCAAAGCAUUUGACAUUGUCUUGCAUGACAUCCUUUUCUCUAAAUUAGAAAGACUUGGAUUUGAUGGAUGGACUGUGCAGUGGAUAAGGAAUUUGCUGGGUGGCCACACUCAAACAGUUGUGGUCAACACCUCGAUGUCCAAAUGGGGACCAGAGACAAGUGGCAUUCCUCAGGGGUUGGUACUUGGACCUAUGCUGUAUAAUAUCUUUGUUAGCAACAUGGACAGUGGGAUCGAGUGCAUCCUCAACAAGUUUGUUGACAACCCCAAGCUGUGUGGAGUGGUCAACACACUGGAGGAAAGGGAUGCCAUCAAGAGGGACUUGAACAGGCUUGAGAAGUGGGCCUGUGCAAACCUCAUGCUGUACAACAAGGCCAAGUGCAAGGUCCUGCAUGUGAAUUGGGGGAUGCAGGGAAAGGCAGCCAGCUUUCCCGUCCAGGUGCUCUGUCCCACGAUGCUGUUCCACCUGCUUUGCUGGACUGAGAUCUGCCUCCUGCUGCUCUGCAGGGGCUGCCAGCUGGAGGAGCCGGCGAUGGGUUUGAAGGAAGCCGUGAAAUCUGAUCGCGUUAUUGCAGCAGCCCUUGGUGGAGAGGCAACUUUCUCUUGCAACUUCUCACUCUCAAUGGACGUUUUGCAAGUCACCUGGCAGAAGAGAAAUGGGUCUGCCUUCCAGAACAUAGCCACCUACAGCCCAAAUCAUGGGCUGAGGUUAAUAGGGUCAUUUCAGAAGAAGGUGCAUUUCACUAGAAUAACCCUGAAGGACUCAGCUAUUACACUCCAAAAUCUCUCUUUUGAGGAUGAGUCCUACUACAGAUGCAUUUUCAAUGUAUUUCCUCAUGGCUCUUUCAGCAAAGAUAUAUGCCUCAACAUCCAAACAAUUUCUGAGCUAACAGUGGAAUAUGAUUCCCAUCUGCCCACUGAGGAUCUCCUCACUGCAGUCUGCUCAGCAACAGGAAAGCCUGCCCCCAAAAUCACCUGGCUGGAUGACGGAGACCUGCUUGAGUCCCCUGAAAUACGCCACGUCCAAAACGCAAAUGGGACAGUAACAGUGGCAAACAGACUUACAUUCUCUGCCAGCCACAUCCGUGCAUUGACCUGCCUCCUUGACCACCCACAAGGAAGGAAAAUAAAGGCAGUUUACCUGGAAAAAGAAAGUGAAGGUGCUCAGAAGACCAUCAUCAUCACGGUGGUCGUAAUAGCAGUGGUGUUAACAGCCUUGAUACAUUGCAUCAUCAUACUAAUCAACAGAAAAUGGGCAAACUGCAAGAGACACAGUGCGGCCAGAACACCUGCACUGGAGAAAGGCUUACAUCGAGACCUAAGCAAGGAAGCCGAGAGCCUGCAAACGCCAAACUGCCAGCACGUUGUUUGUCAAAAGGAGGAGCAAACACCAGACUCCUCACUUCGCAAAAGGCGGACAGGCCUGAUGAGAAUCCUGGGAGAGAAAAAACAUUCCAGACGCUUGUUUUCAGAGGAAGCAGAGAACCUGAAUAGCCAUGGCCAUGGCAUGUUUGAGAGGGAGCCUGUUGGAUUAUCCAUCAAGGAGCUUGGUUGUGCACCCAUGAGGGAGGACAAAGAGGAAACAGCAGAUAGAGGAGUCCAAAUAACAUCCCCCCGGCUGCUCCCUGGCCCAGCACAGGAAGGAGAGCCAUUAGCCCACUGAAGGCUCACCUCCAUAAGCCUAGAGGAACAGAGGAGUCCAAGGGUAGGUGGGGAGCCAAACUAAAGACUUGCAGGAAGGGGUACCUUGCCCAGGCCCCUCCCAGACAUGUCUGUCCCAGGAGACCCUCAUCCCCAGGGUCCAGGUGUGAAACCCAUCCAGAUGGGUCAUCAGUGGAGUAUCUUUUGAAAGGACACGUCCUGGUUUGGGGUAGAGCAGAGCCAACUUUCUGUUCAGUGAGAGGGGCUUUUGCUUAUACGUAUUGCUGUGGCAACCAGGAUCAGCUGACUGUUGUUUAUCUCAUGGAGGGGUCACACAUGUGGGGAGGAGUAGACAGGCCAGGUGACCCAAAUCUAACCAAUGGGGCAUUCCAUUCCAUCUGCCAUGUUCAGUAUAAAAGCUGAGGGAUCAAAGGCUCAGGCUCUCUUCUGCAAUGGCAGCUUCUUCAAUGGCUCUCUUUCUUCAGUGACUGGUAUCUGAGGAGGAUCCUGGCUGUUCAUCUGCCUUCAAUCCUGACCUAUGUGUUCUUGGAGCUAGAUCCAGUAUCCAGUUCUCACCUGUUGCUGAGUCCAGUUUGGAAUUUCCCCAGUGCCUGCUAGUGACAUCUUCCUGGGAAUUUGAUGUGAUUUUUUAUAUAUAUUGUAUCUAUUUCAUUAUCUCCUUUUUAUUUUGUUAUUAACAUUUUACUAAAGUU